UAUGAAUGAUAUUUACUCUUUUCCUGUAGAGGAACAACUUAAUUACAUCUAAGGUAUGAUGAACUUGUUUUUAGAAUGAGGAUAACCAUAUAAAUGUGAGUUUUUCCAUCCAGGAUAUACUUGUGAAUCCCAACUGCUUCAUAUGUAUAUUACUUAUUAUAAAGAGGCUUCCGCUCUUAUUUACUAAGAACGCUAAAGUCUAUCUUCCUGUUCAUUUGUUACCAUUCCUAAUAUAUAAAAGAAAAGCUUUUUUAAAAAAGUAUGAUUGUAUUUCUAAAAAUUAAGUCCAAUUAGUACAACAGCAAGAUCAUUGUUAUCAUAUAUUAAGAGUGUGUUGUUUUUAACUUUAAUGGUUUAAUCAUUGAGAUACAAUUGGUGCAAACAAGUAAGAUUUCGAAAUACUGUUGACCCAUGGAUUCCAUUAACAGGAGGUUUUAUAGGGGCUUUCUCUUUAUUAUUAGAAUCGAAAACAAGGUAUUAUUGUUUAUUGAGUUAAAAGAGUUUAAGAAAUAAUGUUGAGUAUUGUACCUCGUUUUUUUGAAACAUUCCUUAAUCUAUUAAAGAGGAAGGGUUGGAUGAUAAAUAUUCCAAAAGGAGAUGUUUUAGUUUUUGCAAUGAUAUUGGCAAUAAUUCAUUAUUAUUAUUAACAUGAUGUAAAAAUAAAUGUUAAGUUUUAUUAGCAAAAAGCAUUGAAAUCAACAUAUAGAGGAGUGUUUGGUAAAUUUUGGGGGAAGAAUUGAUUGUAUUUUAAUAAAAAAAUAAUAAUGAGU